CGACAUUUUCCUUAAGAAACCCGGUCUCCUUGGAGACUGUCUCACACCACACCUGGUCUCCCUGUAGCUGACAACAGCACACAAACACGAGGUGGAGCAGGAGGGAAAGUUUGGCUCGGAAGUUUGGAAACUUUGCCGAGUUUUGCCAGCUCUGUUUUCUCCUGUUUGGAAACUUUGUCCAGUUUUGCCAGCUCUGUUUUCCAUUGUUUGGUCCGUGACUCUGGGUUAAACGGUUGUUAAUCGGUAAAUACGGGAGAGAGACGCACACGAGCUGAGCGGGUUCACACACCGGGUAGAGACGGGUCUGUCCGGCCACAGUUUUGAAAGCUGUUCUAGUCAUUCGGGCCACCCGAAAAACGGCUGGGAAGAUCAUGGACAACAGGAAAAAGACGGACGUCUUGACCAGGUAUUUUGAGUACAAGAGAAUCUGGGAUAAGCACAGGUACCCGGGAGAGAACACCAAGGAGCUGCUAUGGAGCCAACAGCUGAAGGAGCGCCAGCUGCGCGCCUCAAGACACCAGCGGAAGAAGUCUCAGGAGGCCAAGGAGCAGGUCUUGUCGUUACUGGCGAUGCGGGAGGAGGAGGAGAGGGCUAAGGAGGAGGCUGAUAAAGAUGGGCUUACAGAAGAAGACGGAGGCCGGGAGGAGGUGAUCAUCCCGCCGCCUCCGCCAGACGAGAACCCGUCAGACGACGAGAGCCAGGACAGCGAGGACGAGCGGCAGCAGGACACGAACGGACUGCCUGUACACUGACUGGGACUGGUGUGCACCAGAUACUGGCGUCUGGUUGGGCUCAACGGGGACAACGCUGAGUUUGGGUUAGCCACUGGGCCAAAACAUGCCGGGCCAGGAUAGCCUGGCAACUAUAUAUGGGGUGUUAUGACAGGUUCUAUGGGACUGCCUUUCCACUAGAACGUGAUUGCUGAUCCACUGUACAUCUGUAAAUUGCACAUGAUGCACUGCUGAAGACGACAGACACGUUUUCGAAAUGUCUGCAGAAGAACAAAAUAAGGUUGUGUACCAACAAAGACUAUGUUCAAUGUACACUGUAAAGUGACCUAAACUGGAUUUGUCUGAUCCUUCAUUUCAUGACUGGAAUAUAAUGAAAGAUGUAAAACUAUGAUUCAAGGAACAACAAAACUCAGAAAAUGUAGGAAAUAAAUUGUUAUUUUGAUAUGUUAAAUCUCAAGAGACACAUCAGACACAGUCUUUAGUGGAAAGGGGUGUAUUGGGUCACGACUUAAGCUUACAUGUAGUUCAGAGUCCUCUACUGUAGUAUACAUAGUAUACCUGCAUCAUGUACAUAUUUAAUUCAAACAUUUUAAACAUUAAAAACACAAGGAUUUUACUGCAGAAAAGAACAUCUUUGUAAAUCUCUUACUGACUAUCAACUGUUAGUUAAACGUUACACUUUGUUGAUAGAAAUGAAAGUACAUUAAAUUUUUGCAACAAUGUUA